ACAGGAGAGAAACCCUUCAAGUGCACUGUGUGUGGGAAGGCAUUUCCACUGUCAUCUGUUCUUAAAAAACACCAGAGAACACACACGGGAGAGAAACCCUUCAAGUGCAGUGUGUGUAGCAUGGCAUUUUCACAGUCGUAUCAUCUUGAAAAUCACAAGAGAACACACACAGGAGAGAAACCCUUCAGGUGCACGAUUUGCGGGAAGGCGUUUGCACAAGCAUCCGUUGUUCAGGCCCACCAGAGAACACACACAGGAGAGAAACCCUUCAAGUGCACUGUGUGUGGGAAGGCAUUUUGUCAGUCAUCUACUCUUAAAAAUCAUCAGAGAACACACACAGGAGAGAAACUCUUCAAGUGCACUGUGUGUAGCAAGGCAUUUUCACAGUCAUCUGCUCUUAAAAAUCACCAGAGAACACACACGGGAGAGAAACCCUUCAGGUGCUUUCUUUGCGGUAAGGCGUUUACACGGUCAGAACAUCUUCAAAGACACGAGAGAACGCACACGGGAGAGAAACACUUCAAGUGCCGUGUGUGUGGGAAAGCGUUUGUGGAUUCAUCUACUCUUUUUCCGGAUGGGAAAGCGGAACAGCGCCGGCUCACCGCGGGGCUUGCGGCGUGGAACCAGCGACUCGUCGUCAACGUCAACUCCACGGCUCGCGAGCCAAACCCUUCGCAAGUCUAG